UGCCUCCGCUGCUGGAGGCGCUCCGCACGUGGAGAGGCGCGCGCGAUUCUCGCCUGCGGUGCUCAUGUUCGAGGAGCCCGAGUGGGCCGAAGCGGGGCCUGUGGUCGCGGGCCUCGGGCUGGUGACCUCCCAGGCCCCGCCAGCAACAGCCCCCAAAGUCAAGGGCCGCAAGCGCCGCCAGCUCUUGGCCACAUUACGGGCCCUGGAAGCAGCAUCUCUUUCCCAGAAACCUUUGAGCCUACCUGGCAGUGACUCUGAAGAGGAAGAUGGAGAAAGGAAGAAGAAGAAACAUUCCCCAAAGCCUUCAUUUCCCAGUGCUUCUGCUGGAGUUGGGGGGAAAAGGAAGAAGAAAUGUCAAACACAGAGUCUAGCUCCCAGUGACUCUGAGGACCUGGAAGUGGAAAGGAAGAAAUGCUACAAACAGACUCUUUUUGACAAUGACUGUGCUGAAGAAAAGAGAAAGAGGAAGCGUCAGAAACAAGCCCCUUCUAACCUAACCCAGCCACUGCACAAUAUUGAUCAAUCAGGUCUUAAAGUCUUGGAGAAAAAUGCUAUAGAUGACCCACCCAAGGCAAGCCCUGGAUUGACUUCCCCUAAUGCCCCCCAUACCUUGAGCCGCAAGCAGUGGCGGAAUCGACAGAAAAACAAGCGGAAACACAAAAACAAAUUUCGGCCACUUCAGCCGUCGGGUCAGGCUCCUGCUGAGGCCUCCACAGAGGAGACAGAGAUGCUUCCUGCUCCCAGACCAGACAGCCAGGAGGCUCGGGCAGAGGCCCUGAGAGCUCGUAUGACACAGCGGCUAGAUGGGGCUCGGUUUCGCUACCUCAAUGAACAGCUAUACUCGGGGCCCAGCAGUGCUGCCCAACGCCUCUUCCAGGAAGACCCUGAGGCUUUUCUCCUCUACCAUCGAGGUUUCCAGAACCAAGUGAAGAAGUGGCCACUACAGCCAGUAGAUCGAAUUGCUAAGGAUCUUCGCCAGCGGCCUGCGUCUUUGGUGGUGGCUGACUUUGGCUGUGGAGAUUGCCGCCUCGCGUCCAGUGUCCGGAACCCUGUGCACUGCUUUGACUUGGCCUCUCUGGACCCUAGGGUCACUGUGUGUGACAUGGCCCAGGUUCCUCUAGAAGAUGAGUCUGUGGAUGUGGCUGUGUUUUGUCUUUCACUGAUGGGGACCAACAUCAGGGACUUCCUAGAGGAGGCAAAUCGAGUGCUGAAGCCAGGGGGUCUCCUGAAGGUAGCUGAGGUGAGCAGCCGUUUUGAGGAUGUUCGGGCCUUUCUGAGGGCUGUAACCAAGCUGGGGUUCAAGAUCCUCUAUAAGGACCUGUCCAACAGCCACUUCUUUUUGUUUGAUUUUGAAAAGACUGGGCCCCCUCAGGUAGGACCCAAGGCUCAGCUCUCAGGCCUGAAACUUCAGCCAUGUCUAUACAAGCGCAGGUGACCUCUGGGUGCUCCUUCAAAAGGAGGUGAGGGUCAGACUCUGAAGACUGCUUUCUGCCAGGCUGUGAGCCAGGACCUAACGUUACCUUUCCUCUGUCCAAGAACACAUUGUGGUAAAACUGCUGGCUCAGCUCCUGUCUAAUGAAGCCUUCGGGGCUGCAAGAAGUAUAAAGUCACUUGGAUGAGUUAAAGGAAAAGAUGUUUAUUGCGAAAACAUAGGGAUAUGUGGGAAUUAUGGAUCACCUCACAUACCAUGAAAACUAGUUGGUUUGAAAUCGGUG